AGGAUCGUCCUUUAUUGCAAAACGAAGCACCUAGCUUUGAGCAGGUAUGCGGCCGGCAAGUAGUUGCUGCCCCCUUCAUGUUUUUCUCACGUUAGGCUCCACUAACACUACUUCCAUUCGAGUGCUAUUUCGAAAGACAACAAUUUGGGAAAAAAGUGUGACGUCUUCUUUGGCGAAAAUUUGCAGCACCACCAAACACAGCAAAACAACACACAGCUUUCAUUAGACAAAAGGCGAACAUGUAUUGUAACGCUGAUGCGGCGGCUCCGUUUCAGCCCACGCUGGGCAUGACGCUGCGAGGCCAUCAUCACGGCGUGCGGAGUGUCGCCUUCCAGCCCGCGCCGUCCUCCACCGUCGUCACCCCCAAGGUCAUCUCCGGUGGAAUGGACGGGGCGGUAAUUAGCUGGGACACAGCCGCCACCGCCCGCGCGGUGCGCUUUACGGGUCACCGCGGACCUGUCCUCUCCGUUUCGUACAGCUCGCACCCGCAUCUCUUUGCGAGUGGGGGGCAGGACGGCUACGUCCGCGUCUGGUCCCCCGACGAGCGGCGCUCCGUGGCGGUUUACAGCGCGUAUCCGGACGGCAGGGCAAAGAACUGCGCGUGUGCGUGGCGGGCGCACACGGGUGCCACUCGCGCCGUCGCCUUCGCCAAGGACGGCUCCGAUCGACUGUACACCAUCGGCGAUGACAAGGCUGUCAAAUCGUGGGAUCUCGCAAUGCUCUCCUCCGCCCACUCGCGGGCAAAACGCAUGACGAACCGCUUUGCUGGCGGCUUCUCUGCCUCUCCUGUGACGGAGUACUCGGCGUGUGGCCACACCACUCGCGUGACGGCGUUAGCGGUGCCGCGUGCCGUCGCGUCGUCGCACCUCGUGCACUACGUGGCGAGCGGCGGCGAUGACGGCGUGGUGUUUGUGUGGGACACGCGCAGCCGCGACGCCGCACACGUCAUCUACGGCCGUGGGGGCGGCGUGAACUCGCUCAGCUUCCACCCCGACGGCUACGUGCUGGCCAGCGGCGAUGAGGCGGGCGACAUUAAUUUGUUCGACCUGCGUCGCUCCUCCUCCUCCGCGCCUGGUGCGAGUGGUGCGGACGGCGGUGGGUCGUACAGUCUUCUCCAGCACUACUCUGCAGCGCACAUGGACGCCGGCUGUGUGGGCACGAGAGGCGUCGACUUCGCCCCCAACGGCGGGUGGCUGCUCUCCUCCGGCGACGACGGCACGACGAAGCUGUGGGAUGUGAAGGAGGGCCAUCUCUACUGUACCGUGCAGGCACACGAUGGACCGGUAGCGGCGUCGUGCUUCUCGGACGACGGGGCGUGGUUUGUGACGGGUGGUGGAGCGGACAAGACGGUGCUCAUAUGGCGCAGUGGGCUCGCGGCGUGUUGUGCUGCACGGGCGCUGGUGCCGGCAACGGCCACCGCCUCCUCCACCUCCAUGUCCGUUUGCUCCUCGGAGGGACGCGUUGCUGCACCUUCUUCUCCCCCGCACGUGGUCGCCGAUCACACGACCUCGAGAUCGAGCACUCCCGCCCGCUCAGCGAAGGCGGGUGACACCAAACGCAAACCAGAGGCGACCUCUCCCAGUCGCCUUGUCACACGGAGCACGAGUGCGGAUCGCCCAGCUGCCGCCCAGUCUCGUCGACCGCCGAUCCCCCUCGCCCCACCGUCAACCAAUGCGUUGCUGUCAGGAGAGUUCGUCGCGCCGCCGGUCGACGACUCCGCGGUGCGCCAAAACGCCGACACCUCAGUCAACAGCGAGAGGGAACGCAGCUUCGAACGGUGCGAGCAGCGCUACAGUCAUCUCGGCGCUCCGUCCUCCCCGGCUCAGGCCGAAUCAGGAUCCACGGCUGAUGUUGCGGCACGGAGGAGUGCAACAGCCAACGGGGCAGCACGUAGCAGCAGCGAGACCUCAAGUGCCCACGUACGUGCUUUGAAGGCCGCCGAUGCCGACCGUGUGGCAGGGGAGGAGCGCGAGCAGGAGCAGCUGCAGGCGCAGGAGCGUGCCCACCACCGAGAGCAGCGAGAGCGCAUCUUGGAGGAGCGCGUCGCAAACUUAGAAGACGCUGUCGCGGCCCUGGUAGGGUACAUGCAGCAACAGCAGACACAGCAGGAGGAGCACAUGAAGGCGCUGCAGGCGGCGAGUAAGGAGCAGGCGGAACGAAGCGACGCCGGUGUAGCGGAGCUGAAGCGCGCCAUUGAGCUUCUGACAUCGCGUAUUUCAUCAGGGGGUGCCACAAAAACGGAGAAUGCGGCGGAGCUGAAGAGCGAGUAG